AUGGAUUCGUAUUGGUAUUACGAGAGCGACGAGCCACACUUUCUAGAAUCUUGCUCUCUUUGUCGCAAAACACUUUCUCUUAACUCCGACAUUUUCAUGUACAGAGGAGACAUGGCGUUCUGUAGCCAAGAGUGUAGACAAGAACAGAUUGAGUCUGAUGAACUCAAAGCCAAGACCUGGAAAAAAACGUCGUUGUCUUCAAGAUCAUCUCUUCGUAAAUCGUCCGAUUCCAAAGAUUCCGUCGCCGGAAAGACCGUACGGACCGAAACUCUUGUCGUAGCCUAG